AAGUACAUAAAUUUUCCCCUUUUUUCCUCUCAGUUCCAAAUUCCAAUGCUUAAAUACAAAACCCCACAUGAUUUUUUCAGUGCAGCUCUCAGUUAGUAACCUAUUCUCCUGGGGAACUGGAGAAACAAGGGGUUCUUUUCUCGUUCUUCAAAGCUAUGGAAAUGUAUUCUGAAACAGAGCAUUUUCUUCCUUAUUUCCAGAGUUACUAUGAAUUAGCAAAGGAUUUCUGCAAAACCCACAAGCUUGAUUCUCCACUGAGCUACAUGGUUCAGACAUCAACUGUAUAUGAAUACAACAUGGGCGGUGAAGGUGAUCUAUUCAAAGCUCCAGAGCCAAUCAUCGAGGAGUCGUUUUCGGGUCUCAAUCCGAUGAUGGCUGCAAUUUCGAUGAUGUCCUGCGCCAACACCAACAUCUCCUUGGAGGGACUUAAAGAUGCUGAUUACUUUUUUAGUUCAAAAGAUGUUGAUUUGCUUCAAAAUGAUCAGCUCUUGAGUGAGGUUUACUAUGAGUAUGAGAAGGAACUCUUAGAAAAAGGAGCAAUGCAAACACCACUGUCUGAAGUUUUCGAUUUUAAGAAUAAAAUGUCAAAGACAGACGAAAAUGAGCCAGUUUCUGAUGCAAUGCUUCAGAAGAGUGUAAGCUCGGGAUGCUUAAGGUCGAUGGACGGGAUGCAAGGCCCUGCAAUGAAGUCCAGUCUUGUGGAUUUUAGCGGAGUGGAUGUCGGUGAGGCCUACAGGAUGCGACGGGCAUUUAGCGAAGGCGAUAUCAAGACUCUUAGUAAUGGCAAUGGGAGCCAAUUCUAUUCUCCUCUCGAGCCACCGCCGCUGCUGGUCAGCAAUUGCACCGCCGAAGAACGCAAAGAAAAGCUCUCGAGAUACCGAAGUAAGAAGACCAAAAGGAACUUUGGCAGAAAGAUCAAGUAUGCUUGCAGAAAGGCUCUAGCUGACAGUCAACCAAGAAUCAGGGGAAGGUUUGCCAGGACUGAAGAAGCUGAGAUGAGGAGGUAAUGAAUAAUGAUAGAUAUUAUGAUGAAAAGGUAGUGGUUAGAAGAAGUGUCUGAAAGUGCAAUUAGUUAAGUUUAGAAGGACUGAAAUGAAAAUGUGUUGAAGAUAUAGGUUUGUAAAUGGUGUCUGCAUACACUUCUAAUUAUGCCUUCUAAUAACAUUGUCUCAAGCAAUGUUCUUCAUUUUAUUGCAACUCAAACUGUGUGGAGUUUGUAAAUAUGAGUUCUCCUAGGAGACUCCUAAAUAAAUAAACCACAUAAGUUUCUCCUUUGAUGUAAAUCUUUGUAUUUGAGAUGUAAAUCUUUGUAUUUUAUGAAGUUUAUGGCUGACUCAUAUGAAACUUGCUA